AUGGUGAAUGACGCCGAGUAUGAUUGGUCCGACUGCCUUGGUCCUACAAAUCGAUAUCAGAUCACGCUGACCAUAUCGAUCCCCUUCAAUCCCUCGGCCGCCAAUCACUCUCAGCAAUUUCACACUCAACCACAAAGACUUUCAUGUCUUCGUGAUCUACACGAGGCUCACCCUGAACGCGAAGUCAACUCCACAUCUUAUGAGGUUCACCGUUUUCGUGAAGAGGUGCUGUUCGCGCUUGGGAUGUACUUGCGCGUCACCGAUGAGUGA